AGUCAACCAUUUUGUUUCAUCUCCAUUCUCGAUCCUUGUCGACAAUUUUCAGUGUCGAUAGAUUCCGGUCAGCAGAGUGGGAAUUAGGCUGGUUCUUGGCCGAUCCUCGGAAGAUUGGUUUGUGGAUUUCAUCCAUGGAGGAGAACGACAGCAAGGCAAAUAAAGCGACGUGGAAUGCUUGGAUGUCGGAUGUGGUGCUGAGUUGCGUUAUGCCAUACAUAGAAGAUCCCAAGGACCGGGAUGCAGUGUCGUUGGUCUGUCGCCGGUGGUUCGAGCUCGACGCGUUGACGCGGAAGCACAUAACGAUUACGGCGUCUUGCACGACCACCCUUGAUUCGCUGCGGAGGAGAUUCGGGCACCUGGAAUCCAUGAAAUUCAAGGGGAAGCCUAGGACAACCAUGUUCCGUUCGAUACCGGAGGAUUACAUGCCGCCGUGGGUCAGGGAGAUUGCGGAGAAUUUCAAUUACUUGAAAUCGCUGCAUUUUGUGAGGAUGAAUGUGAGCGAUCCCGCCCUGGAGCUUUUGGCUAGGGCACGCGGUAGCGUGUUGCAGGUUCUUAAAAUUGACAAGUGCAGGGGACUCUCUACCGAUGGGCUCUUGCACGUAGGUCGCUUCUGCAGGCAAUUAAGAACCUUGCUUCUAGAAGACAGCACGAUUGUGGAGAAAGAUGGUCAAUGGCUGCAUGAGCUUGCAAUGAACAACACUGCCCUUGAAAGUUUAAAUUUUUACAUGACGAAUCUUGGAAAAGUUAGUGUGAAAGACCUAGAACUCAUAGCCAAGAAUUGUAGUUCUUUAGUUUCUGUGAAAGUUAGUGAUUUUGAAGUCUCUGAUCUUGUUGAUUUCUUCCGAGCUGCAACUGCUCUGAAAGAGUUUUCCGGUGCUUCUUUCAAGGCAGAACGUGAAAACAACUGUGAUAUACAAUUCCCUCCAAGAUUAUGCAGUUUGGGUCUAUUGUAUAUGGAGAAGAAUGAAAUGCCAAUACUAUUCCCAUUUGCUACUUCUCUCAGAAAAUUGGAUCUUCUAUUUACGUUCCUUGACACAGAGGACCUCUGUGUGUUAAUUCAAAGAUGCCCCAACUUAGAAAUUCUUGAGGCAAGGAAUGUUAUUGGAGAUAGAGGAUUAGAAGUCCUUGCUCAAAGUUGUAAGAGACUCAAGAGGCUUAGGAUUGAGCAAGGUGGAGAUGAGCAGGGAUUGGAGGAUGAAGAAGGUGUUUCAGAGGAAGGAUUAAUUACCUUGGCUCAGGGCUGCCUUGAAUUGGAAUACUUGUCCAUUUACAUUUCUGAUAUCACCAAUGAAGCUUUGGAAUGUAUAGGGACUUACUUGAACAACCUAAGUGAUUUUCGCCUGGUCUUGCUUGACCGAGAAGAGAGGAUAACAGAUUUGUCUCUUGACAAUGGAGUACGGGCUUUGUUGAUGGGAUGCAAAAAGCUUAGGAGGAUUGCUCUUUAUCUCAGACCUGGUUGUUUGACCGAUUUGGGGCUCUGCUUUAUUGACCAUUACAGGCCAAAUAUAAGAUGGAAGCACUUGAAUAUUCAAGAUCAAUGGUUUUCCUAGCCCUACUAUAUCAAACAGAGCCACUGAUAAUGAGAUUGGUUCAGCUGAUUUGAGACAUAAACGUGACAUGAUUGUGCAUGAAUGCAUCUGUACCUCUUGUUUCCUUCACUUGGAGGAGAGUUGGGGUUAUAAAAGGUUGAACUGAUGUAGGUCCAGUUUAACCAUCCCCAGCCUCCCUUUGAUGUCACAAGACCUUACAGAAGCCAGGUUCUCUAGCAUCAAGGCAAGGCAGUUACAUUGCUUGUUUAGGCAAAAGAACUGAACUGCCUUUUAUGAUGGUAAGGGCAGACACAAGCGUCACAAAACAACUCGAGUGAAGGAAAAAAAAAAGGGUGAAUGCAAUGAGAUGUUUUAAAAGACUUGAGGUUGCUUGAAAAUGCUACUUUCAAUCACAAUGGAGUAACCAUAUGACAAAAUGCCAUGCUGAGUGGCAAUGAAAACAUCAUCCUAGUAUGUCACUCUUAGUGCUACUAUGACAAAUUCCAACACGGAAAGAAAAACUUGACAACUUCCUUGAAAUUUAUUCCUAUUGGUUGCUUAGUGGUGGGAGGUGUUCUUUGCCAAUGGGACCUGCAAUGAGCCUGGAAAUUUUAUGCCCUCAUCUGAUUUUAUUAUAGGAUGCUUUCUGUUUGCAAACGUUAAAGAUCACACAAAACGCUGCAAGGACAGAAUCAGAACAGUGUGCCUCUAAAAGGACCUAAAGGGAAAGAGUGAGAAAAAGAAGGGAGAGACAUGGUGCAGGAACAAAUCACUUUUUAUGGAGUUCUGAGGCUCAAAAUCAUUGCACUAUAUAUAAUGUAAUCUCUCUAAGAAGCUGAAAGUGAGGUUAUGCUUUGAUUAUUUGUUGUUUGGGCCAAAUAUGAAAAAUAUAAAUAUAAAUCUUGGGCUUUA